AUGCUGCUCAUAGGCCUCACGGGCUCGAUAGCCACGGGCAAAUCAACCGUUUCCUCCCUUUUAUCGCAGCCACCCUACAACCUCCCCAUCAUCGACGCCGACCUGAUCGCCCGCCAGGUCGUCGAGCCGGGCACGCCGGGUUACAAUGCCAUUGUGAAGCACUUCCUCCCCAGCACACCCGACUUACUCGUCCCCGUGUCAGAGGACAUGCCGGAGAAUGGACCAAACGGAAAAGGCCGCCCGUUGAACCGACCUGCGCUCGGGAAGAGGGUUUUCGGUACUAGUCUGGAGAGGGCGAAGGACAGGGGGGUGCUGAACGGGAUUGUGCACCCUGCUGUGAGGAAGGCCAUGUUUUGGGCUGUGGUGAGGGAGUAUGUCAAAGGGAAAAGGGCGGUGGUGUUGGAUGUGCCGUUGUUGUUUGAGAGUAAGCUUGAUCGGUAUGUGGGACGGGUUAUGGUUGUUGGGGUGAGGGAUGAGGAGGUUCAGAUGGAGAGGUUGAUGAGGCGGGAUGGGCAUUUGAGCAGGGAGGAUGCGGAGAAUCGGGUUAGGAGUCAGGGGGGGGUGAUGAAAAAGGUUGAGAGGGCGGCUUUUGGUGGGGGGGUGGUGGUUUGGAAUGAUGGGGAUAAGGACGAUCUGAAGAGGGAGUUGAGGAGGGUUAUGGAGGAGGUGGAGAGGGGGAGCCCGAGGUGGUGGGGGUGGGUUUUGUGGGUUUGUCCUCCGUUGGCGUUGGUUGUUGGGGGGUGGGGGUUGUGGAGGAAUUGGAGGGGGGAGAGGGAGUGGGAGGAGAGGGAGAGGAGGGAGAGGGCUAAGCUGUAG